AUGGAGAGGCAGGAGAGAUCACAUGCCAACAUGGAGGCCACUGACUGUGUGGACACAAAACAGUCGAAGCAACGGGCAUCGAUAAAAUGGCUGUUGACGAAGGCGUUCAACAACAGGGUCCCGGAUAAUCUUCAGGAGCCCUUUUACAGGGAUCAUGAGGAUCAAGAGCACCUCAAACCCCCCAUAGUUGGCGGGCUGGCGAAUGCUGAGCUGUACUGCUUAGCGCUCGCCAACAUGUACUCCGACCCCAACUACCACAGUCUGAACCAUUGGAACAUACUCCAGACCUUCGCGAGGAAAGGCGUGCACGUUCCCGACCCACCCGACUGCGCGCUCACCGAAACAGUGCUCAUACAAACCAACCCACUCAAAAUGAGCGGUCAUAUGGCUGUGAUAGAAGCAUUGAUGGUGCUAUACGCGCGCGAGGUGGUGACGCCGGACCGCGUGGCGGCGGCGGCGCAGCGGUUUGGCGCGGGCGCUCCGCCGCUCAGCAACACGCCCGGCGCGCCCCAUGAAGACGGCCUGCUCUGCUGGAUCAACGCUGCCUGCGCUGCGCUUAAUAAGGCUGAGGAGGACACAUCAUCGCAUGUUCCGAUGUUGAAAAGUCUCCAAGAGAUCUGCGACGGCACUGCGCUAGCGGCGUUGAUCUCGUUCUACUGUCCGGACGCGCUGCCUCGGUCGGCGGUGCGCGUGGGCCGCAUGGCCUCCAUACAAGACUGCCUGCACAACCUCAUGCUCGUCCACGACUUCUGCCGGACGGCGCUACCACACAACGUGUUCCAUAUGAUGCCUGAAGACGUCACUUAUAUGAGAGGGUCAAUGCGUCAAAAUUUAGUAGCAAUGCUCGCCGAUCUCUUCAAUAUGCUAGAAGUUCAUCCUGUCAAAUCUGUUAAAUACCCAGGAAGUGCGGCGGCGGGCGGCGUCAACUCGCAGGGCGUGCGCCUGCGCCGCAGCCUGCCCGCGCCGCAGCCCGCGCCCAUCCCGCAGCUGCGCGCCGCCGCCGACGACAACACUCUGCCGCCCUUCGCAGUGCCUCGGUCCCCGUCGUCGCUAAGCAGUCGGUCCCGCGCGGUGUGUCGCUCGGCUAGUUCGACCCCCGAGCGGCGCUCCGCCAGCCCUGCCAGGGACGACUUCGUGGUCCACAGGACGAGACAUAUUACUACACUCGCUGCCAUGGUCCGCAGGGAGGAUGAUAAUGCGCUAGAGAUGCCCAUGACGGCGGCGGGUCGUCCGUCGAACUGGGCGGAGUCCCGCGACGCGUCGUUCGCGGGGCGACGGUCGCGGCGCUCGUCUAUAUCGGACGACUCGCAGCUCACUGUCGAGAACUUUGGAGGAUCACAGGACCGACUACACUUCGCCGGUAGAAACCCCGAGAAAGAACUCGCUACUGUCGCUAAUGUUAGGAAGAUCUCCGCUCCUUCGGGACCUCUUGACUACAACCCGCCUCUCCGUUCAUCCCGUCAAGACAUCCGAGGGUCGAUACAGUUCUUUCACGGUGAUUUCCAAAAUGGCUCUCAGACUGAAGAAAAACAGAAGGUCGAACGACAGAACUCGAACCCUCAGAAUACAGAUAAUGAACCUUACUUCCCUAUUCGAAGGCAACUGAGCAGUGAUACAAUAACGCUAAGGGAGAGGCAGGAGAACUUUGGGUUCCAGUGCAAGGGCGGCGGGGACGGCGGGUUCUUCCUCAACGACCGGGACUCCACGGACGGAGAUAUCACCAAAACUAGCUUCGCUGAUCUCAAUAAAAUCAGGAGUAAUGGUGACCAGUCAGGCGCGGGCGUGGAGCGCCGCAACAGUGGCACGUUCGCGGCGCCCGCCACCACCACGUGGCAGCAACAGGUGCUGCAGCACGACGCGCAACCCAACGGCGAAGACAUAGCAGACGAAUCAACGACAUCAAGUGGGGGACAAAUGGCCGCUCAACUAAAUAAUAUUCGAUUAAAGCUAGAAGAGAAACGGCGACGCAUAGAGCAAGAGAAACGACGUAUGGAAAUGGCCGUCAACAGGCAGAGGCAACAGUUAGGACAACAGGCCUUCUUACAAGCAGUUACUAGGGGCAAGGGCGCGCGCACGCCGCACGACGACGACAACAAGCAGGACCUGCCGCCGCAACAGGAAUUGGUGGUGGACCCACCGAGUCAGCGGGAUACAGUCGACAACGUGGUGUUAGAACAGUACCAACAAUCUAUUGCCAACCUGCAGGACAUACAGAGCGACAUCGCGCGCCUCGCCAGCCAACAGACGCAGUUGCAGCAACAGCAGCACCAGCAGCAACAGCAACAACAGGCCAAACAGCUGUUCCAGCAACCGCUACUGCAACAACCGAUGCAACAGAUGCAGCCACAACAACCUCAGUCGCCGUACCAGCAACACCAACAACAACAACAGUAUCAACCCAACAUUCCACAACUGCACAGCCAAUUCAGCUCACAGCACAAUGUGUCCCGGCCCGGGCUCGCCAGCUUCGGCUCCACGCCACACAUUCCGCGCGAAUUCCAGCAACAACACUACAACUACGACCAGUACCAGUACAACCAGUACAGGGACAUCGAGGACUACGGACAGCAACAGUUCUAUCUGCACGACGCCGCGCCCCCGCCGCGCCGCACCUGGGCGCAACAUGCCCAGAUACAGCAACAACAAGGGGCCUGGCAGCUUCAUCAACAACAAAAUCACCAACAACAGCAUCAUCAACAACAUCAACAGCAUCAACAGCAUCAGCAGCAUCAACAGCAUCUGCAGCAUCAACAACAUCCGCAGCAUCAACAACAUCCGCAACAUCAACAGUUUGGUCCCUCGACACCGGAGCCUCCACAGAGGACGUGGAAGUCUCCAUCACCCCAGCCGCCACCGGACCGGAAUUGGCAACCGCAAGGCUUCGUACUGCACGACAGAACCAACCAACAGCAACAACCGUUCCAAGUGCACUACAACAACGACCGGUACCAGAACGGCACCGAGAACAUUCGAGAACCACAAAACCAUUUAAGCUACACUGUGAUAAACCCCAACCAGUACGUGUCCCAGUCCCCGCCGCUGGCCGCGUCCCCCGUGCGGCGCGCCAAGACGCCGCAGCGCCAGGGCUCCCUGCCCGAGGUGGCCCGCCGCGCCGAGCCCGUCAGCCUCAUGCAGCUGCAGGCCGCGCCGCAGCCCGCGCCGCAGCCCGCGCCGCCCGACGACAUGGAGCCGCAGAACAUCUCCUUCAUCGGCAACGCCGAGGACGACGCUCUUCGGCAAGGCAUCAAUAGACUGAAUAUCUCGUCGGGCACGCGAACUUACCGCAUCCCCUCCCCGACGAGGCCGUCCCUCAGUAGAAACUCGUUCCAGCAGCUCGAGCAGGAGGAGCCUAGCGAACCGAACGAGAAAGGGUUCUACAUUUCGUUCGAUAACGAUCAACCGAAGCGGCCGAAACCUCCUUUACGAGCGAAACGAGGCUCGCCGAAGAAGGAACGGUCGACGGAGAUCAGUCCGGAACGAAGUCCAGAGAACACGUGGAACGAGCGACUACCGCAGCCCGCGCGCGAGGAAGAGUUCGUGGUCCACAGGAGUACAGGGUUGGAACAAACGAUACGAUCUAAUGACGUUUCUUCGGAGCGCAGAGAAACGCCACCUAGAGAACGACCCCAACGAGCCAACAAUGCGGAGCCCGCAGCCUUAAUCAUCGGCGAGUUGAAUCCUGACCCGAACUCGGCGGAGGAGAUGGAGCGCAAGAAGGAGCGCAUAAUGUUGCUGUCGCUGCAGCGGCGGCAGCGCGCGGACGAGGCGCGCGCGCGGGCCGACGCCGCCGCCGCCGCGCGCCGCGCGCGGGACGACGCCGCCAACGAACUCAAGCAGGCGCGCAAGGAGGAGCAGGCGCGCCGCCGGGAGGCCAUCCUGCACCAGUACAAGCUCAAGAAGGCCAUCGAGGAGGCUGAGCGGGAGGGCAAGCACAUAGACAAAUCCGAGUUCCUGGAGAGUCUAAACCGCGGUAAUUCAGUAGCGCCGACGCCGACGCCGACGGGUGGCGCGGCGCGACUGCGCAGUAAGGCGGCGGCGGCGCGCGCGCGGCCUAAGACUAUCCACGUCGACAGUACUGUACUACACGCCGCCGAGGGAAUGCUCGCUACCAAGCAACCUUCCUCCACAAACCUCACAGCGGGCGGGAUGCGGCGCGACUACUACCGCGGCUCGCAGGACAGUCUCGCCGAGCGCGCCGGCCUCUACCGGGAGUCUCCGGUAGAGGACCGCGGCGGUAUGUCUCCGGGUAGUGCGUCGAGCGGUCCGCUCGGUCGGCGCGGUUCCUGCAAGACGUCCCGAGAGCGCGUGAAUGAGGAACCACAGUCUUCACGUGGAAGGUCUAAAUAUACGAGUUACCAGAGUAACUUUAAGGCGGGACGGAAGUCAAGCUCUCUUAUGAAUUUGUGCGACUCGGGGCUGGGUCGCGCGACUCCGCCGCGGCGCGCCGCGUCCCCCGGCGUGCGCACGCUCGGGUCGCCCGCCUCGGGGCCCGGCUCGCUGCCCGGCGCCAUCGGCAAGCGCAGGCAGCAUCACGACGACAACUCCGACGUUUCCUCCACGCACUCCUCCAUCAUGGACUACUCAGGUCCAAGACUGUACAAACAACCUUCCUCGAAGUCGAACCGCGGCAUAAUGCUGAACGCAGUGGAGUACUGCGUGUUCCCGGGCGCCGUGAACGCGGAGGCCAAGCGGCGCGUGCUCGAGGAGAUCGCGCGCUCCGAGAGCAAACACUUCCUCGUACUGUUCCGGGACGCGGGCUGCCAGUUCCGCGCGCUCUACUCCUACUGCCCCGACACAGAACAGGUCACCAAGCUCUACGGCACGGGACCCAAACACGUCAAUGAUAGAAUGUUCGACAAGUUCUUCAAAUACAACUCGGGCAGCAAAUGCUUCUCGCAAGUGCACACGAAGCACCUGACGGUGACUAUCGACGCGUUCACGAUACACAACUCGCUGUGGCAGGGCAAGAAGGUGCAGCUGCCCAGCAAGAAAGACAUGGCGCUUGUCAUAUAG